GACAUUAUUACAAAACUGUGUUUUGUCUCUAUAAAAUGGUUAUGUCUGAUCUUUAAAAUCCCUACUCAAACCCCAAAAAUGGACAGCAUCCUCACUUCCAUUACAAACCCAUUUUCUACCUUAAACCCACAGUUGCUAUCUAUAAUCUUAGGAGCUUCAUUUGCUGUUUUCAUUUGCUUCAAAUUCAUAUUACUCUCACCAAUUCCAGGCAAAAAGCUUCCACCCGGUUCAUUAGGUUAUCCAUUCAUUGGAGACUCCAUCAGCUUUGUGAAGUCACAAAAGCAAGAUAAGACCCAAGAAUGGAUUCUGAACCGGGUUAAGAAGUAUGGACCGGUGUUUAAAACCUCGAUCUUGGGUUCGAAAAUGGUGAUCAUGACGGGUCAAGUCGGGAACCGGUUCGUGUUCAGUGGUGGUGCUGAUGGUGUCUCGUUUAAUCAACCGACAUCGGUGGUUAAGGUGCUUGGGAAGAACAGCCUUUUUGAGAUGUCGGGGUUUAGACAUAAGCUUAUCAGGGGUGCGAUUGUUAACUUUUUGAAACCGGAAAGUAUUCAACGGUUUGCUUCCAAAAUGGAUUCGCUGGUCCGGCAACAGUUAUUCAAGGAACUUCAAGGCAAGGAUUCAAUAAAAAUCGUGCCACUAAUGAAGAAAAUAACAUUCAACAUCACAUGCAGCAUACUGUUCGGAUUACCCGACGGUGACUUAAAAGACGAACUAUUAAAAGACUUUACACUCACCGUCAAAGGAGUAUGGGCCAUUCCUUUAGAUUUCCCGGGCACUGUGUUUCAUACAGCCAUAAAAGCACGUCAAAGGCUUUGCCAAAAGCUUUCAACAAUGGUGAGGACAAGAAAAAAACAAGAAGAUGAAGGCAAUGUGGACACUGAAGAUGACAACAUCGUAUCUUGUCUCCUUGCUUUGAGGGAUGAAAAUGGACAACCUUUGUUGGAAGAUGAAAUUAUUGAUGUUUUCCUAUCGUUGAUUAUGGCUAGCCAUGAUACAACUGCCAUUUUGCUUACCCUUUUUGUGAGACAUCUUUCUAGGGAUCCAGAGGUUUCUAGCAAGGUGAUUGAAGGUAUGUAUUUGAAGAUUUUACUUUUAUUUUUUCGGUUUAGAUUAAACUCCCAUAGCUUAACUCAAUAUUGUAAUAAUCGAAUCAACGAUCAAACUGAUCAGAUCAUCGAUUUCAUGCUCAAGUGGUUUGCUUCUUGGACAAAGCAAAAUGAAGUACUUAAAGCCAUGAAAGAAAAUGGUGGAAAGCUAGCAUGGAGUGAAAUACAAAUGAUGAAAUAUACAUGGAGAGUAGCUCAAGAACUCAUGAGGGUCAAUCCCCCAAUGCUAGGCAGUUUCAGGCUAGUCACCAAAGACAUCACUUUUGAUGGCUAUCACAUUCCCAAAGGAUGGCAGAUAUUUUGGGUGGCUCCGGGGACUCACAUGGACAACAACAUAUUCAAAGAUCCGGAGAAGUUUGAUCCAUCGAGAUUCGAGAGCUCGUCGAAAGCGUUCCCUCCGUAUACUUACGUACCGUUCGGAGCAGGGCCUCGGGUUUGUGCCGGGAUCGAAUUCGCUAGAGUCGAAACGUUGCUGAUAAUACAUCAUCUUGUAACAAAGUAUAGUUGGACUGAAAUGAUCCCUGAUGAACCUAUAAUUCGGGAACCAAUGCCAUAUCCUGCCAUGGGACUUCCUAUCAGGCUUUACCCCAAAAACUGAUGUAUAAAAAUGGUAGCCUGAGAUUUUUUAUGAUUAACAGAUAAAGAUCACUAUAGUUUGAUUAUUUAUUGUUUUUUUAAGAAGAGUUUUUAAUGGUAGCAAUCUAUAAUCUAUUUAAUAUCGAUAUCUAAUACAUAUUUAAACAUGAAUAAAUGUUUUAUCCUUCAAAUAUAUGAAAAAAGGUUCAUUUCAUUCCAAAAAAAGGUACAACCUGAAUAAGAUAAAAAUUUCAUGUUAGAGAUUGUGUGAUUCGAAUCCCCUUACUAAAUAAAUAGUGGCUAAAAAGGUGAAUAAUUGGGGGCGAAAGAUUCCGUGGUAGAGAGCAUGCAGCACAAGAUGGUAAGAAGGUUGGUGGCUGGUAAAGACUAAAAAUGCCGCAUAUAGGAUCUCCAACUGAAAAUCCGAGCAGACUGGUGUUUUAAGCGGAGAAGCGGUGAGGAGGGUGGAGCACAGGGGAACAGGUGGCGGUUGGCUGGAACAAUAAGGCACCUACGUGAGAGAGGCCGAAUUAGAGGUUGCUGAAGGAGAAAUCAAAAGGGUUUUCUCGAACGGAAAGGUUGAAAUAUAAGAGAGCCGGGAAAGA